AUGACAACGGCGAUCUACGGACUGCUAGGACCGGACCCAGUUGACCGACAUGGAUUAUGCCUUCUUUCCCUUGAUGGUGGCGGUGUACGAGGACUUUCAAGCCUUUAUAUUCUGAAAUGUCUUAUGGAUCUUAUAAACUCGGAGAUUUCGCACAGUGCACAUGUUAAGCCGUGCGAUGUGUUUGAUUUGAUUGGGGGAACCAGUACGGGCGGAUUGAUUGCUAUUAUGCUAGGUCGUCUGGAAAUGGAUAUAGAUGAUUGUAUUGCAGCCUACCGCGAGCUCAUGGAAUCUGUGUUCAGCGAGAAAGCCCGAACAGUAUUUGUCGACUGGUCCGGAAAUGUCAAAGCCCAAUACGAUUCACAAAAGCUUCGAGAUGUGAUAACGCAUGUCAUCACCCUGGCAGGAGCGUCCCCCAAUGAUUUACUUAAUGAUGGCAUGUCUCGGAAAUGCAAGAUUUUUGUCUGCGCAACUGCGAAGGAAACUUUGGAAGUCACGCGGUUACGAAGCUACGACGCUCUCGAUGAAAAUCAACCUUCUCCUACUAUCUGCGAAGCGGCAUUGGCCACAUCGGCUGCUACACGGUUCUUUGAUCCCGUCUCUCUUGGUGAUCGGCAAUUUGUGGAUGGUGCUUUCGGUGCGAAUAACCCAGUGGAAGAAGUGGAGGAAGAAGCUUGUGAUAUAUGGUGCCCUUCAACUCGGAGUAUUCAAGAGCUUGUGAAGUGCUUCGUCUCUGUCGGAACUGGACAUGCGGCCAAUCAGGCAUUGGAUGACAAUAUUUUCAAAUUCUUGUCAAAAACGCUGGUUAGGAUGGCGACGAAGCCUGCAGGGGUGGAGAGACGGUUUAUGGCUCGGUGGAGGCGCGGGUGCGAGGCGAAUCGUUGCUUUCGAUUCAAUGUUGAGCAAGGGAUGGAGACUGUUCAGAUGACGGACUAUCAAAAGCAAGACUUGGUUGAGACCGUCACACAUGACUAUCUUCAUCUACAAACUCAAAAGAUUGCAGUUCAUCAUUGUAUGCUCAAUCUUGCUGGAAAAAGAGGAAAGACAAAUAUCGACUUUCACAAAUCUGUACAGCUUAGUGCCGAGAUGGACCAAACGCAAAACCUGAUAUCUAUGAAGCCUAAACUUGGUAGCUGGAUUGUUCCUUUUGAUCGAAACCCGAAGUAUGUAAAUGGUGGAAUCAUGGGGCAGGUUUCAGAAGAGCUUUUUAGAAACUUGGGAAUGUCCCGAACUGCGAUAUAUGGAUUGGGCGGAGUUGGAAAAACCCAAAUUGCCCUUGAAAUAGCCUACCAGGCUCAAGAAAGCAACCCUGAGUGUUCAGUAUUUUGGGUUCCUGCUAUGAGCCCUGAAACUAUCCAACAAGGAUUUUUGAACAUAGCCACUCAUCUUGGUCUUGUGAUCGUCAAGCAAGAAAAGGAUGAAGUAAUAAGGGCCGUCCAAGAUCAUCUCAGUCAGCAGGCUUUCGGUCGCUGGCUUUUAAUCUUCGAUAAUGCAGAUGACAUUGAGCACUGGGAGUCCUCUUCAGAAUCUGAUCCGGGCGUAAGUCUCAGAGAUUAUCUUCCAAGUAGCUCUUUGGGCUCCAUAUUAUUCACUACUCGGAGCAUGAAAGUCGCGCAAAUGCUCGCGUCACACAAUAUAUUGAAUGUACCGGAAAUGGACUUGCAACGUGCUACCCGUGUGUUACGAAAUCUCCUCAUUGAAAAAGGACUUCUUCACGAUGAAGAAAAUACCCGCGAAUUGCUUGAGCGACUGACAUAUCUUCCACUCGCUAUUGCACAAGCGGCAGCAUUUAUCAAUCAAAACGCCACUGGUAUUAAAGGAUAUAUCAGUCUUUUAGAUGGACAUGAGCAGGAUGUUAUUCGUCUUCUUAGCGAAAAUUUUGAAGACAAAGGGAGAUAUAAAAGCACCCUUAACCCUGUUGCGACUACCUGGCUCACGUCUAUUGCACAAAUACGCAAGAGCGAUUCAUCGGCCAAUGAUCUGCUAGCUUUCAUGUCAUGCUUGAGUCAUCGGGAUAUUCCGAUAGCUCUGCUUCCAUGCUCAAAUCCAGUUGAGCAGAGCAAGCAGCUUGGCAUCCUUCAAGCAUAUGGCUUGAUCCGCCUCCACCUUGACGAUCAGCGUGUUGAUCUCCAUAGAUUGGUGCAUUUGGCAAUGCGCAAUUUUCUGAGAUCAUCGGCUGUACUAGAGCAUUGGGAGGGGAGAAUGUUAGAGAUAGUAAGCCAAAGAUUUCCUCCGACGGAGGCACGCAACCAAGACCUCUGGCGGGCUUGUUUCCCUCAUGCAUUUCACAUUCUAGAUUUGACCUCGACUUACGAACAUCCACAUGCUCGAGCCCAAUUACAAUAUCGGGUUUCCAGUUGCCUCAUACUCGAAGGAAGAGUCAGGGAGGCAAUAUCUCUGACUAAAAUUGUUGUCAAGUACAAUGAAAAGCAUUUUGGACCAGAGCAUCAACGAACACUGCAUGCUUCCAGCGGCCUUGCAGUGUGUUAUCGAGCACAGCAACGCUAUGACGAGGCGCAAGAGCUUAUGACUGACCUUCUUCAAACUAAUGUUAAGCUACAUGGGCCUGAUUGCCUGAACGUUGCUGUGGGCUCUCUAACCCUUUGUAUCAUUCAUUUUCAUCAAGGAAACCUUGCUAUCGCGGAAUGGCUAGGAAUUGCUUCAUUCAAGGGUCAUCUGAGGUAUUACGGCUUUGAGGAUCAUAGAAUUCGAGUGCUUCUUUUCACCAUGGUUCAAAUAUACUUAGACCAAGGAAGACUACUGAAUGCUAUGAGUCUUGCUCAGAAGCUGUAUUCCAUCACUGCGAGAGUCUGUGGUCCCAAAGAUACAGAUACAUUAUGCGCAAAAGAUACACUUGCAAAGAUAUGUGUUGAGCAAGGCCUUUGGACAAAGGCAGCUACCCUUGCUACCGAAAAUUUAGCAAUAACCGAAGAAAUACUUGGACCAGACCAUCCAAUAGCCAUCAGUCACACUUUGACCCUUUCGAACAUCAUGGAAGGACAAGGACGAGAUCUAGAGGCUGCUGCACUGAAAAUUGAAUUGGCCAAGAAAACCGAGCGUCUUUAUGGGCCAGAUCACCCUAGGAUUAAAGCGCUUCAUGAGGAGGCUAAUUACUGCAAAACGUUGAAGUAA